UGUGACCAGUUUUGGAUAUCAACAAGAUGUAUUUUUACCUUAUUCCCUUAACUUUGGUUGUUUUUCUGUAUCUUUACUUUACAAGAAAUUUCAACUUCUGGAAGAAUAAAAAUGUUGCUGGUCCCAAACCGGUAGUGUUCUUUGGCAAUAUUAUGGAUUCCGUAAUAAGACGAAAGCAUUUGAUAAUGGUUUACAAAGAUAUAUACGCAGCGUAUCCUAAUGAAAAGGUCGUUGGAAUGUACAGGAUGACGACACCGUGUCUCAUGUUGAAAGAUUUAGAUAUUAUAAAGGACGUGCUUGUUAAAGAUUUUGAAUUGUUUGUGGAUAGAGGAGUCGAAUUCAGUGAAGAGGGUCUCGGUGCUAAUAUCUUUCAUGCAGACGGUGACAGAUGGAGAGUUCUAAGACAUCGAUUUACACCUCUAUUCACGUCAGGAAAACUCAAGAAUAUGUUGCAUUUAAUAACCAACCGCGGUGAGAAGUUUGUUAAACAUCUCGAAGAGAUUACUAACAUCCAAACAGAACAACCUAUAAAAUCUCUGGUUGAAAAGUUUACCAUGGCUUCCAUUGGAGCUUGUGUGUUUGGAAUUGACUUAGAUGAAAACAUGUUCGAAACAUUGGGAAGAAUAAAUAAAAUAUUAUCAGUAGCAAGAUAUGGAAUCGAAUUAGAUAUGAUGUAUCCUGGAAUAUUGAAAAAGUUUGGCGGUUCAUUAUUUUCAAGUGUUUUAAGUAAAUUUUUCCAAAAUCUUAUAAAAAGUGUCAUCGAACAAAGAAACGGUAUGCCAACAAAUAGAAAAGAUUUCAUGGAUUUAAUAUUAGAAUUGAGACAACAGAAAGUAAUAGAAGCGGCGCGAAAAAAUGAAAACGAAGAUGUUAAAUCUAUUGAACUGACUGACAGUAUUAUCGCAGCGCAGGCUUUUACAUUUUACGGGGCUGGGUAUGAAAGCAGCUCUUUAACUUUGACACACAUGUUUUACGAAUUGGCAAAGAAUCCAGAUAUACAAGAUAGACUUGUUAAGGAAAUAGACGAGGUUCUUGAACGAUAUAAUGGUGAAUUAACAUACGACGCUCUACAUGAGAUGACAUAUUAUAGUCAAGUAUUUGAUGAAACUUUAAGAAAAUAUCCAGUUGCUGAUCUUUUGCAUCGUAACGCACAAAGUGACUAUAAAAUUGCGGGCACUAAUAUCACUCUUCACAAAGGAGACACUGUAAUUAUCUCUGCAUAUGGGAUUCAUCGCGAUCCUAAAUAUUAUCCGAACCCCGAAAAAUUUGAUCCCGAAAGAUUUACUCCCGAAAAUGUUGGAAAAAGACAUCCGUGUGCUUAUUUACCAUUUGGCACCGGUCCUAGAAACUGCUUAGGUAUGCGGUUCGCUAAAUGGCAGUCUCAAGUGUGCACGGUGAUGUUUUUGUCAAAAUUCCGCGUGGAGCCUUCAAAGAACACGCCUUUGGAGUUGAAAUAUGACCCCAAUUUAAUAUUUUGUGUCCCCAUAGGAGGAAUACCAUUAAACAUUGUACGGAGAUAAAUCUUACGACUGCUUUAAGGCGUAGCCCAUAUUGUUGUCUUAGUUUUAUCAAGGUGAAUGUGAGAGAUGACAAUAUGAUUGAAAACCCACUGAUAUAUUUUGUCGCAAAAAUGAUGCUAGUCCAAGUAUAUAUUAGAAAAACUGUGAAACUUAGGUUUUAUUAAAUAAAAUAAAUAUUGUUAGUAAUAUUUGAAUUAUUUAGCAGUUCCUAUCUAAUUCUAGUACUACUAGAUCCGUUUUUGGAUGAAUAGAGAGUACUAGGAGGAGUACUUUGGACAGGAGUUGGCAUAGAGAGGAACAAUAUAUCCUUUUGUUCCCUCCUCUGCCUAUUUUAAAUGUACAUAACUUCAAGUCAGUAUAGGUUCUUGUAGAUAUUAAAUUAGGGUCUGAUAAUUAAGAGUCCCUUACCAUCACCAGACCCAAUUAUUUUAGAUUUUAAUUAAAGAAUAAUUUAAAUUGUAA